CUAGCUAGUCGAUUCGAGAUGAAGUAACUGCGGAACUGCUGGUAAUAUAACAGGCGUCAGAGUUCAAAACGAAACAUGUACUGUACUGUACUAUUCUAUACUAGUACUGUAGAAUCUAGCGAACGCUUUUGCCGGUGCCGUGUGCAAUCUGGAAUGAUACUGCAUUGACUGAAGAUUGUACUGCUUUGGAUUCGGCACUUAGUACUGACAACUUCGUGGCAAUACCUGUAUAAAAUUCUGAAACUUUCUAACGACGACACUUGCCUUGUGUAAAGAGAAAGCUUUUAGUUGUUUUGGCAUUGCCGCUCAUAGCCAAACUACAGCAGAAAUGUGGAUGCAGAUAAAAAUGUUUUUUAAGCUGCUGAAGCUGCGACGCAAGAUCCGCCGGCUAAAGCUAGCCAAGGAGAACACCUACCGCAUCGAGCAAGGUCUGUCUCCGAUCUAUCCAUUUAGCGAGAUCUUGCGUAUGUACCUGGUGGACAAACCUCUGGAUUUCAUCUACCAUGCUCUGUGUCCAUGCUGUAUCUAUGACCGCUACCGGCAUGAGAAACGGCGCCGGCGUCCUGCGCCGACCACUUGGUACGGCCGCAUGAUCUUCCAGGGCACGUACGAGAACCAAGUCCUUAAGAGCGUUCUGGGUUUCUUAAUCGGAAUACUAAUCAACUACCUCAUCUAUUUGUACAUGAUAUACCAACUACGCUUCCAACUUUUGACUGCCACCGUUUGGGCGUUAAUCGCCGGCAACGUGCUGACUUUGGGAUUGGCGUUCAGCGACCCGGUGCGAUGCAUCGCAUUGCUCAUUGUGCCGUCGGUAUGUACGGGGAAGGGCCGGACAGCCCUUCUGGCGACGGCCAUGGUGAUGACCUUUAACGGGCCAGCGAUGAAUGCUGGGGAGAACGCUAUGCGCUUGGCGGGGACGAUUCAGUGCGGACAGGAACUGCUGCGGAACACCACCAUCGAGGUCAUCAAAGAGGCUCUUACUCCCAUUCGCACCAUUUACGCCGUACUGAAAAAGGUCGUCAAGGAGCUGGCCGAAUUGGCGAAGAAGAUUAAAGCGGCGUUCCUGGCGGUGGUGAAAGUGUUUCGGGACAUUGUGGACUCCAUCAAACAGGCUUUUGCCUGGCUGGCCAGUGUCGUGGAGGAGUGCAACGAGCGCGUCGGCACUCCGGCCAAAAAAUGUUACAAGUCCAUCGACGAGGCGGUGGAGAAGUGCGAAGUGGCGUUGGGCAAGACGUUUAGCUGGCUGUGUUAUGUGGCGCACGUGGCAUACAUCGCCUGUGCGGCAAUGAGUCUAGUGGUGGCCCUAUGCAACCUGCCUAAAGCCGUCAGCGAGAACAUUCUGGAGCCGAUUAAAAAACUGGUGAAGACGCUGGUGGCUAAGAUCAAAUAUCAGUUGUACGUCAAAAUUGCUUUUAGCCAUCACAUGAAUUACACAUUAGAGCAAAGCAAGUCUGUAACGGACAUACGAAAAGACAUUAUGGAUGAGAUUCGACAAAGAGUGGACAUUUUCGAUUUGACACUGGAAUGGACCGAUGUCGUUUUGUUCUUAAUAAUUUUCACCAUCGUCUGGAAAGCGUUUUGGUACCGGCAGCGAUACUUGACGCAGGAUCGCUACGAUAACAUUUACAUCACAUUCACCGUGCGCGAUAUCGAUGAAAGGCGUCUCGAUUUGGGGAAAGAAACUCUUUUACCACUACGCCACGACGAGAAGAAGAUUUACGUCAAAACCAACGCUUGGAGCUUUGCUCACGCCGAGAAGAAGAAGCUCUUCUCAUCGCUGGCCUUCUUCAGCGGACCGGCCAUGCAGGCAGUCUUCUACAUGUUUAUGGACACCACCUUAUUCUGGCUGUUGAAGACCAUCCGCAAGUACGGAGCUUUCGAUGCGGAAAUCGAGAUUCCCGCCAGUAUCGAACUGCACGUGCGGGGCUCGGGUUUCCUUGCGCGGAUGUACCGCACCAUCAUUAAGGCCUUCAAACCGCUGCUGAAACUAAUGCCACGGGUGGACACGACACCUUGUCUACCGGUCGCCAGUAUCCCUGAUUACAACCGCUAUAAACUCAUCCUGUUUCUGCUAUGGCUGGUUUUGCUGCUUAUUGUGGGGGAAGCGUAUGGGUUGCGGUUCCGGCAUGUAAUUUGCAGCUGGUUCGCGCCGCAUCGUGAAAAAGAGCGCGCAAUUUGGCUGUACAACAACAUCCUGCGUCAACGCGGUGGUUUCGUUAAGUUCAUGCGUCGGCGUCUGCGCGAAAAGUACGGCAUCGAAAAAUUUACCAAGUCCGCCGCGGAGAAGACGAGUUUGAUUGAAUACUUGGCGACAAAAUCGGAGUUUCUCAGGCAGAUUUUCAAAUUCUUUGGUUACACCGAGAAAAAAUUUUGCAUCGUCUGCAGCAAACCAGGUUUUCAGGAUGAUUAUGAGACGUUCAAGCACUGCCAGACACCGGGCUGUAAAGGCAUUUACUGCGAUGACUGCUUCCGUGAUCUGCACAACAUGUGCACCAUCUGCAUGCAUCCGAUUGAGUACGGUGAUCUGUCGGAUCUGUCGGAGGAGCUAGAUUCCAGUGACGAAGAAGAAAUCUUGCGGAAGCGCGAAGAGGCCAGACUAAGGGCGAUGCAACUAAGGGCGAUGCAGAGACGAUCGGAAAGGUCAACGGAGCUGUUUGAACUGGAAGCGGAUGAGGAAGGGAAUGUGGACGCGCAGGAUUUGUACGAGUACACGCAGCAGUUGGCUAUGCGGGCUGAGGAUGCUCGUCACGGGAGGAAAGACCGGGUUUCGAUGGAAAUUUUUAGUAAUGAGGAAAGCGACGAAUCGACGGACGACAAUGAUGAGUCAGACUUUGAAGAACAGAUUACGAUUGUAUGAAAUGAUGCAGGCAUGUAAAUCAGUGUAUUAUGAGUGAAAUUAUUGUCUUAAAAAAAAAAGUGCGAGGCGAAACUUGCAUUAACUGAGAACGUUAUUCUGGUUAACGUUUAAUAGUGCAUUUAAAAUAAGCAGCGAU